CCUGGGGGACACUAGUCUUCCAUCAGCGCUAUUAAACAAAACUUAAUUUUAAUUUUUAUAAAACUUUUCUUUCUUUCACUUCUGUGCUUUACUUCUUUCUCAAAAUGAAAUCCAUGAUCGUCGUAGCUUGUUUAGCGCUGGCGUACGGAGCACAUGCUUCCGGAUGGGUUGGCCCACCCGCCAACAUCGCUCUGUCUCAAGAUGGUCGCAACAUUCUGGACACACCCGAAGUAGCGCAAGCGCGGGCCGCCCACCUCAAUGCUCUUCAGCAAGCCGGACAAAACAACCCUAACCCACAAGACGAUGGUUCAUACAACCCCGCUUGGAACAACGAGGAAUACUGGCAACGCGCUGACAACAAAUGGAACGGUGCUCCCGCUAACCAAUGGAACGCUGGCAACCAAUGGAAUGCCGCUCCCGCCGCCCCCGCAUGGAACGCCGCUGGUCACGCACCCGCGCCCGUAGCCGAGACCCCAGAAGUAGCGCAAGCCCGCGCUGCCCACCUCGCCGCUCUCUCCUCUGCCAACUCCGGUCACGGCAACAACCAAUGGAACUCUGGUAACAACGGUCAAUGGAACGCUGCUAACGACAACGGUCAAUGGAACUCCGGAAACGACAACGGUCAAUGGAACGCCGGAAACGACGAUGGCCAAUGGCGCUCAGGAAACGAAGGUCAAUGGAACGGUAACCAGCAAAGCCAAUGGAACGGUGCCCAACAGAACCAGUGGAACGGCGCUCCUUCCUGGCAAGGACCCCCUGCUCAAAUCAGACUGGCCCAGAACGGUGCUGGUAUCCUCGACACCCCUGAGGUAGCUGCCGCGCGCGCUGCUCACUUAGCGGCUCACGCACAAGUCGGUGCCCCCGCCCACCCCCAGCAACGCUGGUGAAUACUUCCUCUUCUUUUUCCGGGUAUGCUGGACUCCUCUUGCGUGUCACUCGCGCUCUCGAAGAACGCGAGCAGGUGACACCCCAGAGAUACGUCGAGAAGCCCUCUUCUCCUUCGAUCUCCUCCUCCUUCAUUUAGUUUAUCAAAGUGCUAGUGCGUCAGACUCUUACUUCCCUGUGGCUUUUUGUUACUUUUCUAAGAAAUUUCUAUCUAUUAUACGAACUUUUGUACAUAAUAAAUAAUUAUAUGUAUGCGUAAA